CCAUGCCGGACUCCGUCUAUCAGACCGAGCGCGGGGCUGGUGAGUCCACCCCCGCCGGCCCGGCCACUUCGACCCGGCGCCCGCGUAGCCCCCUCUACAGCAUGCUGGCCCUGCUGGCGGUGGUCUGCCUCUCGGCCUUCGGGUACAUGGCCUUCCGGGGCCAGCCCUCCGGGCCGUCGGCCGCCGCCGUGGCCCGCUACCGCCAAUCGGCCGGCAUGUUUGCCCCGGUCCCCGGCGACACGCCGGAGAUGGCCGAGCUCCGCGAGCACGGCGAGCGCCACUUCUCCCGGCGCGUCAUCCGCGCCUCGCCCGGUGUCUAUGUGGCCGUCGGCUUCGCCCUGGCCAAUGUCAUCCUCAUCGAGGGUGUCAAUGGCAUCAUGAUCGUCGAUACCACCGAGUCGCUGGAGGCCGCGCGCGAUGUCCGUGCCGCCUUCCUGGAGCACCUGCCCCAGCGCAUCCUCGACAAGCCCGUGCGCGCCAUCGUCUACACGCACUUCCACAAUGACCACGUCCACGGUGCCCUGGCCUUCGCCGAUGAUGGUGUCGGCCUGAAUGGCGACCUGCCGGAUGUCGUCACCGACUCCAAUGGCCGGCUCAAUCCCCGGCUCAAUGGGCCGCUCGAUGUCAUUGCCCAUGACACCCUGCAGGCGCACCUCCUCGAGACGGUCGGCGUCACCCAGGUGGUCACCUAUGUGCGCAGUAUGCGCCAGUUUGGCAGCCUGCUGACCGGGUCCGAUCGCGGCCCCAACUCCGGCAUCGGCCCGUACCUGCGCUACAACAGCCGCAACACCAUCGGCACCCUGACCCCGACCCUCACCUUCAAGGAGCGCAUCCUCUAUCGCGGCCUCGGGGGUGUGGUUGGUGCUGAUGUCGACAUUGAUGGGACCCCCCUGCCGCCGCGUGCCGGCGGUGGGGUUCCCGGCUUCGAGGGCGAGGAUCGCAUCCCGGCCAUCGAGAUCUUUCACUGCCCCGGCGAGUCGGAUGACCAGAUUUGCGUCUUCAUCGCCGCCACUCGCACUCUCAUCGGCGCCGACAACUACUACGAGGCCUUCCCCAACAUCUAUGCCAUUCGCGGGACCACCACUCGCAAUGCCAACCAGUGGAUGACCUCCGUCGAUACCAUGCUCGCCACCAAUCCCCAUGUGCUGGUUCCCUGCCACGGGUCGCCGCUGGUCGGUGCCACCACCGUCCUCGACAGCCUGAAUGCCUAUCGCGAUGCCAUCCAGCAUGUCCACGACCAGACCAUCUUCUGGAUCAACCGCGGCCUCACGCCGGAUGACAUCAUCACCCAGAUUGACCUGCCCCCGGAGCUGGCCGCUCGCGACGACCUCCGGCCCUUCUACGGCACCGUCCCCUGGGCCGUGCGUGCCAUCUUCCAGUCGUACCUGGGCUGGUUCAGCGGCGAGGCCGCCGAGCUGUGGCCCCUCAACCCGACGGUCCGCGCGCAGAAGCUCGUCGAUCUGGUUGGCGGCGACUUCGACACCCUCCUGGCCAAGGCCGAGGCGGCCUUCGAUCCCAAUGACGCCCAGUGGGCCCUGGAGCUGUCGACCUCGCUGCUGCGUUUGAACCCCGACCAUGCGGGUGCUCGUGAUCUGCGCAUGCGCUCGCUCGUGGCCAUGGCUCGCCGCCAGCGCUCGGCCAACGGCCACAACUACUACAUGACCCAGGCCCUGGAGAUGACCGGCGUGGUGGACAUGCGUGCCUCCGAGCGCCAGGUCCGCAAUGUCAUGCUGACCAUCCCGGAGGAGCGCAUCCUCUUCCGCAGCAUGUCGGUCAACCUGAUCGCCAGCGAGGCGGCCGGCAUCCGCCGGUCCUUGACCAUUCGCUUUGCCGACCUGCGCAAGGCGUACAUGCUGCAGAUCCGCAACAGUGUCCUGGUGGCCGUGCGCGUGCCCUUCGACGAUGAUGAGCAUGAUGCCAUCGCCGCCCAGUGCACCGCCCUGCAGAUCCAGCGCCUCGGCCUGGAUGUCGAGCUCGAUGAGGCUGGCGGAGUGCCGCUCUUCGAUGCGGUCCCCCCGGCGCCGUAUGCCAUCAACUGCAACUUCGACUUCACCUUCGACGAGGACUCCAUGGCCGAUGUCGAUGACCCGGCUCCCACCCAGCCGCCGCCGACCCCGCCGUCGACCGCCGCCUCCAUUGCCUCCAUCGAGCAGGAGGAUGUCGAUCUCCUGACCAAGGGCCGCUUCGAGCAGGGCUCCGCCUUCUUCGCCGAGCGCAUGGCCUCCCCGGAGGAGCUGAAGGCCCAGCGCCGCCUGGCCAUCGAGAAGUAUGCCCGUCGCCUGAACAGCAAGUUCCGCGAGGCCAGUGUCAACAUGGCCAACGCGGCCAAUGCCCUGUCCAUGACCACCUCCCUGCGUACCUUCAAGCUCAUCCUUGGCGGUGCCAACCCGGUGCCCUUCAUGAUGGAUGGCUCUCUGGUUCUCCAGGGGUCGCCCCUCAAGCUGAUGCGCUUCUUCCGUCUCUUCGGCAAGCUGCAGUACCGCCCGGACGACGAGUCCCCGCCUGCUGGCGGUGGCUCCUUCUCCGGCAGCGCUGACUAUGAGGAUCUGGUUUCCGGCUCCGCUUCCGGCUCCUCGGUGUCUGGCUCUUCUGCCUCCUCCUCGGUGUCUGGCUCUUCUGCCUCCUCCUCGGUGUCUGGCUCUUCCGCCUCUUCCUCGGUGUCUGGCUCUUCCGCCUCUUCCUCGGUGUCUGGCUCCUCUGCCUCUUCCUCGGUGGCUGGUUCCUCUGCCUCCUCCUCGGUGGCUGGUUCCUCUGCCUCCUCCUCGGUGGCUGGCUCUUCCGCCUCUUCUUCCUCCCCGGCCUCCUCUUCCGACGAGAACUCUUCCGACGAGGACUCCUCCGACGAGGACUCCUCCGACGAGGACUCCUCCGACGACAGCGACAGCAGCGGCGACCAGGGCAGCAACUUCGUGCCGGAGCCCACCACCAAGCCCCCCAAGCCCACCAAGGCUCCCAAGCCUCCCAAGCCCACUAAGGCCCCCAAGCCCCCCAAGCCCACCAAGGCUCCCAAGCCUCCGAAGCCCACUAAGCCUGGUCGCGUUGUGGAGGACGCCUCGGACACUCAUCCGGCCACCGGCUUCCUCAACUGGGUUCUCGAGUCUGUGCGCAACUUCUUCGGCUGGUAA